AUGGCAGAUGAUUUCAAGUUUGAUAUUCAAAUUCAAAAGCCUAUGGUAAGGAGAUCUCAUGAUUAGAUUCCUGAUGCCAGAGCAAAAUAAAAUUAAUAAAUCUAGGAAAUUACAGAUCUAGCAAUAUAACCAACCUUUGAUCCUAUGCAGAUGUCGCUGGAUAGUAAAGGAAAUCCUAAACUCAUUUUAUAUAGUUAUAGAUGGAUGAUUUUGGCUCUAUUUGUAUUUGCUAAUAUGGGAAGUGGAAUGACAAUGAUGACCUGUGGCACACUUGCUCCAAUUCUUGUUAAUGUAAUUUACAUUAUGGUGAUCCUAAAAUAGGUUUACGAUAUUAAUACUUUGCUUGUUAAUUUGAAUUCCUUGUUCUUUUUGUUCAUGUUCAUACCUGGAAAUGUUUUGACAACUAUAGUUAUUCAGAAGUAUGGCUUUAGAGUUUGCGCUAAGCUUUUCUUUAUAACCCAAUUGCUAAGAUGGCAACUACUUGGUUUGGAGAUAAGGAGAGAGGACUAGCAACAGCUUUUGGAAGUAUGGCAUCCCCUGUUGGCUGAAUAAUAACAAUGUUCAUGGUUCCAGGAUGGUUUCUCUUCAGAGAAAAACCCCCUUCUCCUCCAUCGUAAAAUCCUUUUUACUUAACACUAUUUUAGAGUUUUGAUAAGAGAAGAUCCUAUUGAAAUGACUGCAGGUUAAAGUAUCAGAGAUCUUUUUUAGAACAGAAAUUAUGUCUUCCUUUUUAUCAGUUUCACCAUGCUAUAUGGACUUUACUCUGCAUUAGCUAGCUCGAUUACUUCUUUUACAACUCCUUAUGGCUACUCACCUUCUGAUAAUAGUGUCAUUUGCCUUGUAUUCUCAAUAUCUGGAGUGCUCUUUUCCUUCUUUAUUGGAACUAUUCUCGAUAAGUAUCAAUGCUACAAGAAAUCCUUUGUCGGAAUAUGUAUUGCUGCAACAAUCUCAUUAUCAUUAUCGCUUUAUGGAUUACCUACAAAAAAUCUUAUUACUGAGGCCUGCAUCAUUAUGAUAACUGGAGCAACUAUCAUUCCAGUUGCCACAAUCUGUUUUUCAUUCGCAGCCGAAAUCACAUAUCCAGUACCUGAAAUUUAUUCAAUUGGAGUUAUGGUCUCAAUUGGUCAAAUAUUUGGUGGAGUACUUGGAGUAAUUUUGUCCCUUAUUUGUGAGCAGGCUGAUCCUCUGAUUGGAGUUGGAAUUUGGAUUGUUUGCGCUUUCAUUGCAACUGUUGGUUCCUUCUUUAUUCAAUAGGACUUAAGGAGACUGUAAAUUGACGAUGUAAGGAAUUCAGAAUACAUUGAAGAAGAAGAUAUCAAAAGAUAUUCUAUGGAGUAGAAAUCUAUUCUAUUUAGUGAAUCUAAUGUUAUUGCUGAUUCACAUGUGAAGUUUAAGUUUGCAGCAGAUGGAAGUGUAGGCACUCCAAGUGAAGGUGGCUUCAAAGACAAGAAGUACAAAUUACUUAACAAAUCAGUUGAGGAUAGCACACUAUUAUGA